CUGGUCGCGCUGGCCCAGCUGCUCCUCGACCCGCAUUACCGCACGAUUCACGGCUACGAGAUCUUGAUCGAGAAGGAGUUCCUCAGCUUCGGCCACAGGUUCCAGGAUCGCUGUGGCCACCACGGCAAGAAAGAGAAGGACCAACGAUCGCCGAUCUUUCACCAGUUUUUGGAAUGCACGUGGCAGCUGCUCCAGCAGUUCCCUUCGGCAUUCGAGUUCAACGAACUCUUCCUGGAGACCGUGCUGGAGCACGUCUACUCCUGCCGCUUCGGCACUUUCUUCAUGAACUCGGCCAAGGAGCGGGCAGACAGCCAGCUGGCCGAGAGGACUUGCUCCCUGUGGACGACCAUCAACGGGUUCGGCAGCGACGGCGAAGACGUGGGUGUUUUUAGCCCUGAGGACGUAGAGACACCGGCGGGCGCGGCGGCCGACGCUGCGUCGCUCCUCCACCGAGAAACCCGCAGCGCCGUCGACGCCCAAAGCCAGCCAGAGCCAGAGCAGUGA